GUUUUAUUUUCAGCUGUGUAUCCCAGUUAUUGUGGUAAUGUGGUUGCAUCCUUUGAAUGAAUACAAAUGUGCGGUAUGCGCUUUGAGCGAAGUUCAUUCCGAGCAUGCGCAGUUCCCGACAGGCAUUUAAAAGUAAGACCGAGAGUCUUUCAACUUUGUCAAAACUUUCUUUUCAUUCGUGGCAAUUGAAUACUGUUUCCUCCAUGCAAUUAUGCUGUUCUCUUUCAUUACUGCCGCAGCCGCUGGACUUGCUGCCGUUUUGACCGUACAGAAGCUUUUUUAUCCAUACUUUUGGGAUGAUUUGAUUUAUUACAUGAAGCUUCAAAGAGUCAAACGAAUGAUGAAGUUAAGGAUGAGACACGGAGUCAUAACUUUACUGGACUGCUUUGUACAACAGGCAAAGAAGAUUCCUAACAAGCCCUUCAUAAUCCAUGAAAGCGAUGUUUACACCUACCAAGAUAUGGACAAAAGGAGCAAUAAGGUGGCUCAGGUAUUUCUUCAGCAGGGUUCUUUGAAGAAAGGGGACAUCGUGGCUCUGCUGAUGAGCAAUGAACCAGAUUUUAUUUCUGUCUGGUUCGGACUCAGUAAACUAGGCUGUGAAGUGGCGCUUCUCAACUUUAACAUCAAAUCCAAGUCUCUGCUACAUUGUUUCAACAGCUGCGGGGCUACAGCCCUCGUCGUGGGUGCAGAUUUGAUCAGUUCACUAGAAGAUGUACUGCUAACACUGCAGAAUAAUGGGAUCAACAUUUGGUUGAUGGAAAAAAGCUCUACUUUCCAAGGAGUUAAUACAAUUCUUGACAAGCUAGAACAUGCAUCAGAUGAUCCAGUACCAUUGGAUGUUAGCUCUCAAACCAACAUUAUGUCAACCUUCCUUUAUAUCUUUACUUCUGGAACUACAGGUCUUCCGAAAGCAGCUCGUAUAAGCCAUCUCAAAGCUGUGAUGUGCUUAUGUUUCUUCCAGAUGUGUGGAGCUACUUCUGAUGACAUUAUCUAUGUCACUCUUCCUCUUUAUCAUAUGUCGGCUUCCCUGUUAGGAAUUGGGGGGUGCAUUGAACUAGGCGCCGCAUGUGUCUUAAAGAAGAAAUUCUCAGCAAGUCAAUUCUGGAAUGACUGUCGCAAGCAUAACGUCACAGUUUUCCAGUAUAUUGGGGAACUUUGCCGGUAUCUGGUGAAUCAGCCAAAGGUUGCAGGGGAAAUGGAUCACAAGGUGCGCAUUGCUGCAGGAAGUGGCUUAAGGCCGGAUGUUUGGAAGGAUUUUCAUGAUCGCUUUGGAAAAAUUAAAGUUGUUGAGUCUUAUGGUUUAACAGAAGCAAGCAUCGGUUUCAUGAACUACACUGACAAAACUGGUCCAAUUGGGCGUGCAGGUUUCUUCAACAAGUGCAUUUCCCCCUUUGAUUUUGUGAAGUAUGAUCUUCAAAAGGCAGAACCAGUCAGAUCUGAUCAGGGAUACUGUGUGAAAAUCAAAAAAGGUGAAACUGGUCUAUUGAUAGUCCCUGUAACUUCGAUGAACCCGUUCCUAGGAUAUGCUGGAAAUAAGGAGCUGUCUGAGAAGAAGCUAAUGAGGAAUGUCUUUGAGAAGGGAGAUGUGUUUUUUAACACUGGUGACUUCAUGAUGCAAGAUCAUGACGACUUUGUGUACUUCCGGGACAGAACAGGGGAUACGUUUAGAUGGAAAGGGGAAAAUGUUGCAACAACAGAAGUGGCUGAUAUUCUUGGUGACCUGGAAUUUCUUCAGGAAGUGAAUGUAUAUGGAGUUUCUGUACCGGGACAUGAAGGAAAGGCGGGGAUGGUAGCUGUUGUUCUCAAACCAGAACACAAACUGGAUGGAAGGCGGCUUUACAGUCAUCUAGCAGAACAUUUGCCUGCAUAUUCCUGGCCUCGAUUUGUAAGAGUCCAGGCCUCCCUGGAUGUGACUGAAACCUUUAAGCAGCAAAAAGGGAGAUUGGUGGAGGAGGGCUUCAGUCCUUCAGCUGUCAGCGAGGCUCUGUACUUCUUGGAUGAGUCUGAAAAAACCUACGUCCCCCUCACCAAAAAUCUCUUUGAUGACAUUGUGUCUGGCCAAAUAAGACUGUGAGGCAUUCUUACAAGUUGACUUAUAUAUAUAUAUAUA